AUGCUGAAAUCUGAAAGUGAAUAUAAACUAGCCAAGCUUUUCGCUUCCCUUGGAGAAUAUGAAUUAUCAGUAGAAGUAAUCAGACAAGUCUUAGGAGAGCAUCCAGAUUUUGAGCCAUUCUCAAUUUUCAAGGCCCUUGAUAAAAGUGAGAACAGUUAUCUUUCAGCAUUUGAUCUCCUGCACUUUUUACGUCAAAAUUCAGGGUUCUUCACACGAAACCUAUUCCACAACGACUAUAUUUUUUGACUUUGUUUUGGGCAUAUUUUUUGACCGAUUUUUUUAGACCUAUUUUUUUUGAAUUAUUUUUUGGCCUAAUUUUUUUUAUUUGGCUUAUUUUUAUGGCCUAUUUUUUUUCAAUACCAAAACUUUAAAUAUAAUUGCAAUCAAAAUAAAAUAGCAAAAAUAAAUUCAAAAUUAUCUUUAAAUAUUUAAUAUGGAAUUAAUCCAAAAAGUGUGCUCUUUCUUCUUAAAAUAAAUAUUUUUUGAGGAAGAAAAAUAAGAUACUGGCUAGCUAAAAGAUGUUUAAAGGCGUAUAAUUUUGCAUAGACAAAAAAGUCAAAAAAAUAUGGCUAAAAAAUAGGUGUUGUGGAGUAGGCAUACACAAAUUCAGUCAUAAUAAGUGAGCAAGAAGCAUUCACAUUGGUCAAAAAUUGGGAUCACAACAGAGACGGGCGAGUUUCUUAUAGUGAUUUCUUAGAAUCUGUCCUGCCAGCCACGAGACCUUCUCUCAAAGCAAUUGCAACCACUCGUCCUCCAAAGCUUCACAUUUCUUAUGAUGUAGAAUACUCACUCGUGAAGCUAUUUCAAAAAGAACUGGAUUUGCAAAGGGAGUUAGAUUUCAAUAGAAAAUCACUAAAUUCCAGAUAUGAUUUCACUAUAAGAGCGGCAUUUGAAGUUCUGGACCCGAAAAGACUUGGAUAUAUAAGCAGAUAUUAUUUACUAGAAUUUUUGAGGCUAAACAGGUUUAAAGUCGGAGAAAGCGAAAUUGAUGCAAUUUUUAGAAGGAUAGAUAAAGAUGCUGAUGGGAGAGUCAAUUAUAGAGAAUUCUCAGAUGCAGUUGCAAUUGGAAAUGAUGAAGGAUCAAGAGAAUACAACUCUAGCGGGUACUUCAGAGAAGAUGGGUAUAGAACUGGAAGGAAAACCUCGCCGCUUAGAAGUGGGGACCGAUUUACGCAGUCUCUUAGAGAAGGAGAAUGGGCAAAAUCAUUCAGAGACUCAGCGAGAAGAACUUCUCCAUUAAGAGGCGAUAAUAGGCUAGCCCAAACCUUUAGAGAAAGCUCGUUCCGAGAGUCGGCUAGAAGAUCUUCGCCAUUAAGAACUGCAGACCUUCUAUCAAAAUCUAUUAAUUAAGCUAGGAAGAAAAUUCCCUGGGGUAUCUCAUGAGUGUUUAUCACCCAUUGUUUCGUUGGGCGACCUCCUUCUGAUUCUCGUCUGAGGAUCGCGCUUAAUUGAGAGUGAAAGAGAAGGAGAAACACUUAGAUCUUACCGAAGUAUUGAACGCAAUUCUUCUCCAUUAAGGCGUAGUUUAUCUCCAAAGAGCCCAUUUUUGGGAUCUCAAGGGAGCGUAACUCAGCGUGUACCUCCAUUAGAAUCACUUCGCUAUUCUCAGCCUCUUCGAAAAUCUUUUGAUCGCUCUUUAUCUCCUUCAAGCCAAUAUAGAACUUCUCCUCGUGAAAAUUUCCAAUCAUCAAAUGAUCUGUCCCGGAUUUCUCUUACUCCCCAGUAAUAAGCAAUUUCUUGUUAUUCGUGGGGUGCAACAUUUUCAGAUAAUUAAUUUAAUAAGAAAUUGCUUAUUAACGGGAGAGGGAGUUAGAUCUUCAGGCAAUGCAUACAGAACAUUUGGAUCUUCCAUAGAAUCUCCCCAUUUAAAUAGCAGCACUGUUGACCUGAGAUCUUCUUUAAGAGCUCGGCCAACCUCAGUAGUAGAAAGUGUUUAUUUAUUGCGACUUCUUAAUGAGCAGAUUCUUCUUGAUCGCCAAUUAGAGUCUUGCUUAAGAAACCUCGCCCUUUGUUCAGAUUUUACCCUGAUGGACGCUUUUAGAUUAUUUGAUAGAAAAGGGCUUGGGUAUUUAUCAAAAAUUGAUAUAGAAGACUGUUUUAAAUCACUUGGAGUUUACCCGACUGAAGAAGAAAUUUACUUAUUAUUCAGGCAUUUUGAUAAUGAUGAAGACGGAAGAUUGAGAUACUCCGACAUUUGUGAAAUGCUCGCUCCAAAAGAGCAUGAAUACUUAACCAUUAUCCAAGCAAGGAUUCCAAGAAAUAAUAAAGGAGAAAUCUUUACCAGCGACACUAUGAUUCAGCUUGGAAAAACUUUGAGAUGUCUAGUAAACAACGAAAAUUCCUCAGAAAGACUUAGACAUGAAAUUUCUAAAAGACCUGAUUUUAAUGCCACAGAUACUUUUUGCAGCUUGGAUUAUAACAGAAAUAGCUUUAUUUCUUUGGAGGAAUUUAGGAAAUUUUUAAUGGAUAAUGGAAAGUACCCGAGUGAGACUGAUUUAUUAGGGCUGAUGAAUAGAUAUGAUAGAAAUAGAGAUGGGAGAGUCACUUUUUCAGAGUUCGUACAAGAGGUGACGCCAAAGUUAACGAGAAAACCUUAUUAG